AUGUCAACACAAAAUGACGCCAAAGGACCAUUCAUCCUCUCCCGCGCGACGACAACCCAAGACUUCUCCGACAUCGUCACCUGCGAAUUCCGCACUUUUACCGACUCUUUCAUCCGCGAUCUAUUCAUGGGCCCAGAUACACCACGUCUGGAUAAAAGUCACAGAGACGAGUACUGGGAAGAUAGUGGCAGCGAGUAA